CCCUACAUCCGCCGCCCUGCUUUACCGUACGGUCACCACCGACGCCCCAGCUCAAUCCCACGCCGCACGGCCCCCCACACACUCCCGCCUCUCACGCGUCGACGCCAUCCCGCUCCUGUUCAUCCUCGCCGGGACAUCGAGAUCCCGCUGUCUCCGCCCCGUCCGCGAGCCUCUGGACAUCCUUGUUUCAUAUCCAGGUGACUGUCGUAGGGCGUGGAACUAGUACAUGGGGUCAUACUCGGCGGGCGAAGUGGUUGCUGCUGCUGCUGCUGUUUCUGGUGCCCAUUACACAGCACUUAAUUUGGACCAGGUGGACAUCAAAAGUUCCAAGUUGGGGGAGGAACAACCAACGACCUCAGGCAUGGAGAAUGGGCACCACUGUCCAUUUGUUAUUGGUGUUGCUGGCGGUGCAUCUUCGGGUAAAAGUACUGUUUGCAAAAUGAUCAUUGAUCAGCUAUGCGAUCACCGUGUAGUUGUCGUCACUCAGGAGUCAUUUUAUUAUGGACUGUCUGAUGAAGAAUUGGUCCAUGUUGAUGAUUAUAACUUUGAUCAUCCAGAUGCAUUCAAUAUGGAUUUACUACUCUCUUGUUUGGAAAACUUGAAACAUGGCAGAGCUGUUGAUAUUCCUGACUACAACUUCAAAACACAUAAGAGCGUCCCACAUGCACGGAAGGUCAAUCCUUCAGAUGUCAUAAUUAUGGAGGGAAUUCUUCUUUUUCAUGAUUCACGUGUUCGGGAUCUAAUGAACAUGAAGAUCUUCGUUGAUACAGAUGCUGAUGUGCGUUUAACAAGAAGGAUCCGCCGUGAUCUUGAGAAGGGUAGAGUUAUUACAUCUGUGUUAGAUCAGUACUCAAAGUUUGUUAAGACGGCUUUUGAAGACUUCAUCCUCCCUACAAAGAAAUAUGCUGAUAUUAUCAUACCACGAGGCGCAAAUAACAAUGUGGCAAUUGACCUAAUUGUUCAGCAUAUUCGCACUAAACUUGGUCAAAAUGAUCUCUGUAAAAUACAUCCUAAUUUAUAUGUCAUUCAGACUACUUAUCAGAUAAGAGGCAUGCACACAAUAAUACGGGAUGCUGCGACGACAACACAUGAUUUUAUAUUUUAUGCUGAUCGUUUGAUUCGAUUGGUUGUUGAGCAUGGUCUGGGCCAUCUUCCUUUCAAGGAAAAGCAGGUCAUAACUCCCACUGGAUCUGUUUAUACUGGUGUGGAUUUCUCUAAAAGUUUAUGUGGUAUAUCAGUGAUUAGGAGUGGCGAAAGUAUGGAGAAUGCAUUGCGGGCAUGCUGCAAAGGUAUAAAGAUUGGGAAGAUUCUUAUUCAUAGGGAAGGAGAUGAUGGGAAACAGCUCAUCUAUCAUAAUUUACCAAAAGAUAUUGCAAAAAGGCAUGUUCUGCUGCUGGACCCAAUAUUGGGAACAGGAAAUUCAGCUGUUCAAGCUAUUUCUCUUCUGUUGGAGAAGGGUGUACAAGAGGCAAAUAUUAUAUUUCUCAAUCUUAUAUCAGCUCCCCAAGGGGUGCACGUAGUCAGCAAGAGAUUCCCAAGGAUCAAGAUUGUGACAUCGGAGAUUGAGCAAGGUCUGAAUGAUGAUUUUCGCGUCAUCCCCGGAAUGGGUGAGUUUGGGGAUAGAUACUUUGGAACAGAUGAUUAUCAGUCAUCAACGCCAUUCUUUGGUGAUGCCAAAGAUCGUGUAAGGUUGUUGUGAGAAUUACAGACAUUGCAAAUGUUGCCUCCGGCAUUAGCCAAUAAUUUUUUGAGAUAUAUUUUUUCCAUUUUCCAAACUCUCAGGGUCCAUACUGUUGAGUUCUUUACCAGAAACUGUAUAUCACGGAACAUUACAAACGAUUCAAACUAAAUGGAGCAAUUCCACCUUUUUGGAACCGAC